AAACAGAAUGGACAGUGAGCAGAAGGUCAAAGCUGUUGUUGCUGGUUGCAUAUGUACAGGGCCACUACUGACAAGAGACCCUUAGGAAGAUCACAUCAUUAAAUAUGGCAAAAUGCUUGGUCAAGAUCAGGACUCAACGAAGCCUCCAAUUGCAGAUGAUAAACCACUGCACCAGUAAUGUGUUUGUCCGUCUGCUGAAACAUGGCUCCAAGGUCAUACCUCGAAAUGCUGGUGCCCCAUUGUCUGAAGUGGAUGCUUCUGGGUGCAUGGUUGCAAGAUCACCAGUGAAGAGAUCUCGGAGUGCAGAUUCUCCAAGUAAAGAGGAAGACAAAGUAAAAGAAGACCCCUUGACCAUUUCUGAACUAGCAUACAAUCCCAGCGCCAGCCUGCUCUCUCCCCAAGUGGAUGAUGAUGAAGUAGACAUACUAUUUGACUGUCCAUCUAGGUUUGUGCUAGAAAGAGAAGACACGGAUUUAUUUGAGGAAUUAGAAGCAGAUGAAAAUACCUUUUUGAUGACUGAAGAGGAGAAGGUGAAGGAAGCUCGCCAAGCUUUGUCAUGGAGCUAUUCCAUCCUGACCGGCCGUAUCUGGCUCAAUCCUCUGGUCAAGCGUUUUUCUAGGUUCCUUGUGGUGGGCCUGGGACUGCUUCUGUUUGUAUUUCCCCUACUUCUCCUCCUUUUGGAGUCAGGUAUUGAUAUCUCCAUCUUAUUCAAAAGAAUGAAUUUGAGUAGUUUUCCUUUGAAUACAACUGUCCCCUAAAGGAGGACUUUUUUUUUCUACAUGUUGGGCUUCCCUGAUAAGAGAAAGGGUUGUAUACAAUAUUAAAAUUAUCUUUUUCAGCAGAUGCCAUGUUCUAAGGGGUCCUGGGUCAUAAAGCUGAAUGCCAAACUCUUAAGUUGACUUUCUAUGCUUUGAUAUACUUAAUACCAGUUUAAAACAAAUAAGAUUGUUAGUUAUAUAUUAGAAAAGCAUCCUUUAAGUAAUCAAAGGCAUGUUAUCUUUAUUUCAGUGUAGACAUGCUCUUUAUCUUACCUCAAAGUGACUUAUUUUUCCUGCUUCUUUAUCAAUGUAAUCACUAUGAAAGGGAAUGUUAAUAAUUAGAAUUUUAGUCAGAGUUCAAGGGAAUACUUUUCAGUAUAAUUCUUAGUAAAAAAAAAGCAUUCUCUAAGAAAUAUUUAUACAACUAAAUUUAUGCUGGGUUUUUCUUUCAGUUUUUAAAGAGUAUUUUUAUAUUAAAAGAAUUUUGAUAAACUUUUCUUUUUGCAAAAUGUCCCACUAAAUUUUGUAAGUAUACAUAUUUUAAAACUAGUAUACAGAAAUGUAUCAGAAAUUAUUUUUACAUUAUGGCACCAGUUUUUAUAAAGUAUAUGUUUGGCUGAAAAACCCAACACUUUAUAACUAUCUGCAAAUGAUAUAGAAAACCUAGUGGAAAGAAGUUGUAGUAAAUUGUCCAAACAGAUGCUGGAACUGAUGGUAUAGAUGGAGAAUAUUGAGUUGGCAUGUGAGGUACAUCAUUCAUCAUUUACGCAUGAUUAACUAGUACUUUUAUUUUUGUUAUGUGCACAUAUUUAGCCUGGGUAAGCAGAAGGUUUUGAUAGUAAAGUGAAAUUGGAAGAAGAAAUACAACAAAGAUAGAUUAGUUAAUUACAUCUUGUUCACUAAUUGGAAUGAAAGAUAAUGGGUUGGACAAAUGGAAGGUACCAAAGAAGAACUCUGGUGACCCCUGUGGGCAAUUUGCCUCUUGUAUGGAAGUGAUUGUGAUGCCGGACUUUCAACAAUGUAAAGAGCUGCUCUCCCACCCCUCAACUCUACAGGAGCACAUUUCAGUGAUUCUAAAUGGCAGUAUACAAAUUUUAAAGUAAAAUAUUUUUGAUCCUUGUUAA